CCGGAUACCGUGAUCCUGGGACCGAGCCAAGAAGCCUUUCUAGAAUCGUUAACGCUUACGCCCUGUAAUAAUAUGGUCCUUGACCGUAAAUAAAAAUAAAAAUACAAGCGUAUAUAAGGGAUAUUUCUGGACGCGGCCCGGUCAGUCCUCCAUGAUGGCGCUCGGUGUUGUCCUCGUUCUGGGCCUUAUAGCCUGCAUUUACUCAGCUCCAGAAACUACUCGGCCAUUACAUCCAAUUACUGCGGCGCUUAUAAAUGGACCUAACCCGGAAUCUGACAAAGCUGGUCUAAUCGUAGACCUUCCAGAUGUGAAAGAUGAUGAGCCAGAGGAAAAGAGCAGUGGAUCCACAACUGUUAAAAAAGGUGACUUAGACCGUGGGCUAGUCAGCGAUGUGAUUGAGUCGACCCUGAGCGGCGUGCACCUGGGCUUCGCGAUAGGCGGCAACAACGGCACCAUCGAUAGACUCUGCAUCAAACUUGGCAACAUCACUAUGGCUGGUUGCCGUCGCACUGCGUCUCAGGACAAGAAAUUAUCCAAAGAUGAAGACAAAACAGAAACACCUGAGAAAAAAGAAAUAUGAGAGAACAUUGCUGUGGGUCUGCAAGUCACCACCGCAAGAGAAGACCAAGACGUCAUUUAAUAGAAUAGACAUUAGAAUACUUAUUGGUGAUAUAUGAUUUCGCAGACAAUAAACUUCGUCAAUGGUUU